CAGCUUUAUGAUGACACCUUGGGAUUCCGCGAAGUAGUUUCGUUCAGAAGGUAACAGAAAACACUACAGCGGCACCGAGUUGACGCACUUGCGGGAGAGGAGAGGAAAGGAAUGGCACUAAGCAAAGUUUCAAAGCAGUCUGAUUUGCUUUCGAUACUGUUUGGAAUAGACACAGAGGUUUUCUUCGAUAACUUGCGUGUGUAAACCCAAGCGAUCUGAUUUUAUAAGGAGCACUGCCAUACUAAUCACAUUGGAAAAGACACGUGUAAGUAAAAAGCCACGUUUUCAAGAGUCGCCUGUGAAUGCGCCUAUGAUGAGAAGCUGCAACGUUUCUUUAUCCUGUUUUCUGUUUAUCCACCCUUUGGUUCGGGGGAAACUGUUGUUUUAAAUUAUUUGGAGUUGGUUGCUUUUCCGUUUACAGGAAAUUUGUGCAAUUAUGACGGACGUUGAUAUUGCAGCAAAAGCUUUGGUACCGGUGUCAAACGAUUUGGGCAGUGACCGCUCAGACAAACUAGCCGGCAUGGAGGGAUCUGAAGACAGUCAAGAGAGUCGGACUCUGCUCAUGGUGGCAAUGAUCCUGCUGGACUUAAAUCAGUGUAUCCCGUGUACCCGUGGCACUGGCAUCAGCACUAAAUGCAUGGUGGACAGCGAUGCGGAGAGUCAAGCCGGCGUCAGGGAAAAACGGGGAAAACGCAUUAAUGCGUUUACAGAGCGCUGCAGACAGAACGCAAGCAGGGUGAAAAGGACACGGAGCCGACAGACCGGCAAUGUUGCAGCUGAUAAGAGACACUGUUGUCCGUAUGCUGGCUGUGGUAAAAUAUAUGGCAAAUCGUCCCAUCUGAAGGCGCACGUCAGAGUACACACCGGAAUUGCAACUCAUGUUAAGGUGGGUGUAACCGCAGGCGGGGCGCAAGGGUACACAGAGGGGUGGAACAGUACACACUGUGAGAGGCCCUUUCAAUGUACCUGGCCGGGCUGUACGAAGAAAUUCUCACGCUCUGACGAGCUGACGCGACACUUCCGUACGCACACCGGAGAAAAGCGGUUCACGUGUCCUCUCUGCGACAAAUGCUUCAUGCGAAGCGAUCACCUAACCAAACACGCCCGCCGACACGACGGCUUCAACCCCAGUAUGCUCGAGGGUCCCCACGGAAGACGACGUUCCUCGACGUCCACAUCAUCUUCUGGGUCCGGCGAUCACGUGUCAGCAGGUGUUUGAGCAAUAACGUAAUCCCCUCAUAUCCCCUCAACGGGACGGACAGAAAUCGUCAACUCUUGAAACAAUGUGAUGAUUCAAGGGUUACUUCAAAUAAAUAUUGAUGUGUGUACGUAUUAUUUACACACCACAAAUAUAUAAUAUAUAAGGGAUUGAUUUCAGUUAAAAAAAAAGAUAAAUAUUUACUACCCAAUGUGUCAAAAGGAAGGCGUAUUUAUACACCUUUUUAUAUAUUGUGAAACAAACGCGCAUUAAUGAUCAUACAAAUGUGUCUCGCAAUGAAUGUCGGAAGUUUUUUAAAUACAGAAUACCUGUUGCCUUCAGUUAAAGAUAGCUCUUUUGUAGUGCAAAUACCUACUAGGUACUUGAGACUUGACGUUCGCUUUGUGUGAGGUUUUACUCGCACGGUCAUGUUUUUUUAAUGACAGCCAUACUUGCCUAUCCUAAUAUCAGCAAUGCGAUAGAUUGUAGUUUAUUCUUCGACGCAUAACUGCACUAAAUAAAUCCUUUAUCAAAAUACACAUAUUUUGUAGAGUUGAAAAGUAUAUAUGUAUUAAUUAUUAAGGUAAAAUGAGGCAGAUUUACCAAGUUCACACGUUAAAACAGAGCACCACCGCCAUCUACAGGUGUGUUAUGGGAGUACAUGAGAGGAAGGACCUGUGACCUCAAGACAGACCUGUGGUUCAGAUUAGCUGUUUCCUGGUUUUAGGUCGUAUUAACAAGUUCCACUUGACUUCAGGAGCAGUUUUUCCACUGUUCACCUUUUAACUUGAAAUACCUAUGAAUCUAAUUUCAGUUCAAUGUGAGUCUACCAUGAUGAUAGCCAUUGUGCUUCACAAUAACACACAAGCACAAACCUUACUUUAUAUGUGAAUUAUACGCAGAUGCAUUCAUUGGAUCUUUAUUCAAAACCUGUUUAUAUAUUCUUUUUAUGUUUUGUAUUAUUAGCGAUCAACAGACUUUUAUCGUCACAAAAUGUUCAGAAAUGUUCUAUGCUUAGGCUGCUUCUUCAUCUGUGGUUUUAAAGUGAGCUUGAAAUUAAGAAGUAGGUCGAUUGAAAUACACUGUCAUAAAAAUUAUGUACUCAGAUGUGCCUUCUGUUUUGAAGGAAGACUUUGAGCCACUACAAUUGUACAUAAAUACUCUGUAUUUUACGUCAAUGUAACUGCAACAUGCAUAUUUUGGCUUUCAUUUCCUGUGAAUUGUGUAUACAGGGUAACUAAUUAAAACAAAGUGAUGUGUUA